CCGGGGGAAUCUGUUGCAACCGGCAUCGUGUGGCUAGUAAUAAUUAUCUGUGUGGGAAGAAUAAGGAGUAUAAAUAGAAGCAUUCAAUUGAUCAAGUUCAGAAUUGAACAGGACUGACUACUGUAGAUUUAAGGUAUUUCAUCAAUAUGUCAGAACCUUCGGCGCCACCCCAGGCCGGUGGAGACAGCACCACAGAUGGCGUGCCGAAAGUAAAGACUGAAAAGGAACUGAAGAAGGAAAGGGCUAAACAGGAAAAGUUGGAGAAGUUCAAAGCCAAACAAGAAAAGCUCAAACAACAGCAAGAAAAGGAGAAAGACAAACCGAAAGAGGACGAGAAGAAAAAAGAACCGAAGAAGGAGAAAGCUACGAUUAUAUAUGACAAACCAACUAAGCCAGGCGAGAAAAAAGAUAUAUCUGGUGCCAUGCCAGACGCCUACAAUCCUCACUAUGUAGAGGCGGCGUGGUAUGACUGGUGGAAUGAAAGUGGCUUCUUCACGCCGGAGUAUGGGGGUCGUGACAUCAAAAAUGUGCCGUAUGAGGAUAAGUUUGUGAUUGUCAUUCCUCCCCCCAAUGUAACAGGUAGCUUACAUCUGGGACAUGCUCUGACCACAGCAGUGGAGGACUGUAUUGUAAGAUGGCAUAGGAUGAAUGGGAAGAUGACUCUAUGGAACCCUGGCUGCGAUCACGCAGGAAUUGCCACACAGGUUGUUGUAGAAAAGAAAAUCAAGAGAGAGAGGAAUCUGACCCGCCAUGAUAUGGGCAGGGAGAAGUUUGUAGACGAAGUGUGGAAAUGGAAAAAUGAGAAGGGGGACCGUAUCUACCACCAGCUGAAGAGGCUUGGAGGCUCCUACGACUGGGAUAGAGCAUGCUUCACCAUGGACCCUAAAUUGGUGCGGGCAGUUACAGAAGCGUUUAUACAAUUACACGAGAAGGGACUGAUCUACCGUAGUGUACGCCUGGUCAACUGGUCCUGUACCCUCAACUCGGCCAUCUCGGAAAUUGAGGUAGACAAGAAGGAGCUGCCUGGUCGGACCAUGUUACCUGUAGCCGGCUACACAGAAAAGAUAGAGUUUGGUGUCAUCGUGUCCUUUGCCUACCCUGUGGAAGGCUCAGAUGAGGAGAUUGUUGUGGCGACCACUCGUAUUGAGACAAUGCUGGGCGACACCGGAGUGGCUGUCCACCCUGAGGAUGACCGAUACAAACAUCUCCAUGGCAGGUUUGUGACCCAUCCCUUCGUCGACCGGCGUAUGCCCAUCGUCCUGGACGACUUCGUAGACAGGAACUUUGGAACAGGUGCUGUGAAGAUCACGCCAGCCCACGACCAGAACGAUUACGAGGUUGGCGUACGCCACAAUAUGCCAUUCCUCACCAUUAUAGACGACAAGGGUAACAUGACACCUGACUGUGGAGAAUUUGCUGGUAUGAGGAGGUUUGAGGCCCGCAAAGCCGUCCUGGAAGCUCUCAAGAAGAAGGGUCUAUAUAAGGAGACCAAAGAAAACCCCAUGGUUGUGCCUAUCUGCAGUCGCUCCAAAGAUGUGAUUGAGCCCCUGCUGAAGCCCCAGUGGUAUGUCAGUAUGCAGUCCAUGGCUGAUAAGGCGGUAAAGGCUGUGAGAGAAGGGGAGCUGAAACUGAUCCCUGACAUGCACGAGAAGACAUGGUACAACUGGCUCGAGGACUCCAGAGAUUGGUGCAUAUCGAGACAGCUGUGGUGGGGGCAUCGUAUCCCAGCAUACUUUGUAACCGUUGACGACCCAUCUAUUCCUCCAGGGGAGGACACUGAUGAGAAGUACUGGGUGAGUGGACGGACAGAAGAGGAAGUCAGACAGAAAGCUGCCGAACGUUUCAAAGUCAGCGGGGACAAAAUCUCUCUCAGACAAGAUGAGGAUGUGUUGGACACGUGGUUCUCGUCGGGGAUAUUUCCUUUCUCCAUCUUUGGGUGGCCAGAAAAGACAAAUGAACUGGAAGCGUUUUACCCCGGCACCCUGCUGGAAACUGGCCACGAUAUCAUCUUCUUCUGGGUCGCCCGUAUGGUGACGAUGGGUCUCGAGUUGAUGGGCAAGCUCCCGUUCAAAGAGGUGUAUCUUCAUGCAAUGGUGAGGGAUGCCCAUGGAAGGAAAAUGUCCAAAUCACUAGGAAACGUCAUUGACCCUAUUGAUGUCAUCAAUGGAGUCUCAUUGGCAGAACUACACAUGCGACUGGAGGACGGAAACUUGGACAAGAAGGAGAUAGUCAAGGCACAGGAGGGUCAGAAAGCAGACUACCCCAAUGGUAUCCCAGAGUGUGGUACAGAUGCCCUCAGAUUUGCACUUUUAACCUACACAGCUCAAGGUCGAGAUAUAAACCUGGACGUUCUCCGUGUCCAGGGAUACAGAUUCUUCUGUAACAAGUUAUGGAAUGCUACCAAAUUCGCUCUAGGAGCCCUCGGGGAAAGCUUCAAGCCAAACCCCACACGACAGUUGUCGGGUAGAGAGAAGGAGAUGGACCGGUGGAUCCUCAGUCGACUGUCCUACGCUGUAGAUCAGUGUGGUAAUGGAUUCCGUAGCUACGACUUCCCCGCUGUCACUACUUGCUGUUACAACUUUUGGUUGUAUGAACUCUGUGAUUGGUACUUAGAAAACUCCAAGCCAGUGAUCUAUGGUACGGAUGUGGAGGCGAAGGAAUGUACGCGCCAGGUUCUGUAUAAUUGUCUGGAGGCAGGUUUACUCCUGCUCCACCCCCUCAUGCCGUUCAUCUCCGAGGAACUCUACCAACGGUUACCACGACGAACUUCUUCCGAAGCGCCGAGUAUAUGUGUAACACCGUAUCCAAAGUCUGCAAAUUACCAGGACAGAAACAGCGGCCUAGAGAAGGAAGUGGACUUUGUCCAGAAUGUCAUCAAGAGUGUCCGCUCCAUGAGGUCAGACUACAACCUGACCAACAAAAACAAGGCAGAUGUUUACCUGAAGUGUAUGGAGCAGGAGGAUGCAGCGAUGCUGGGUCGCUAUAACAGUCUGAUUCAGACGAUGACCAACUCUUCCUCCAUUACCGUACUGGUGGGUGAUGAUCCCCCAGACGGCUGCUGUGUACAAACGGUCUCUGUGAAGUGUGAAAGUCACCUGAUGCUCAAGGGACUCAUUGACCCCAGUAAGGAGCGCAGCAAGUUGGACGGAAAGAAGGUCAAGCUCAGCUCACAGCUUCAGAAGUUGACAGAGGCUUCCCAAAAGUCAGACUACACUAGCAAAGUCCCACAGACAAUCAGGGACCAGAACUCAGAAAAGAUGACGGAGAUUUCUAUGGAAGUAGAGAAACUGACAAAAGCCAUGGAAACACUGGGAAAACUUUAAGCAACUUUAACAUCUAUUUAAGCAAUUAUUUUUUAAUUCAAAAAUUUAUUAAAAUCAGGUGAUUAGGUAUUUUAUAGAGACUGUUAAUGUUGAAGGGCACAAUAAUAAAUCCCAUAUUUGUAAUAAACUUUAUGGAAAAUGUAUGCAUUGACUACAUUUUAUAAGGAUGUCACAUCGGAAUAGUGCAGUAACAGCUGUUUGCGGAAAGAAUUUUACGGGAUUCCUUGUACAAAAAUGGAAAAGUGUCUGAAAAUUCAUAAUGAACUAUUCCAACCUUUGAAUUGGGAGAGUUCAAAUUCGUCUUCAGGGGUGAAUGAGUUAAUGCGAUGAGAACUAGUGAUACGGUAUACCAAGACAUUUUUUCGCUGCAGCUUGACUUUUGCCAUUUAAUUGCCUUCCACAAUAAAGGUGAAUUUACGAUGAAUUGUCUUUUAAAAUCUAAAGUUACGAUGACGAUUUUCAACCACAGUGGUAAAUUAUACCUUUAAAGGAUCAACAGAAAGUUUUCAUCAGGAAAAUCGGAAAAUACCACCUGAGGGUUGUGCUUGGUUCCUGUGUAUGGGUUACACCAUGAGGAAUUCAUGGUAACAUGUUAUUUAUUUAUUGAACCAUAAUUCAUUGCAGUAUUUAAAGAAUUUAAAGCAUUUCUGGUCUUCAUACAGCUUGCUUCUCACCCAAUAUGGCGUAUGAUCAUGUACAAUGCCUUUUAUUGUGCUGUUAGUGACAGAAUUCUAAUUAAUCCUUUCAAGCACUAAUGUUUGGGGAAGACCAAAAUACUUAAUAUUUGAGGCCAUAAAAAUUUAGCCGAUCAUUAUGCGUUUUGGAUUCGAUACAUGAUUUUGUACUAACUUUACUUGCAGCCAUGUUUGUGUCUUCAGAGAAGUGCUAAGUAGUGGUAUUUAAUGGCAGACCCAGAGACUGAUUAUGGUGGUGGGGGUAGAAGGGUUCCAAAUGUACCAAACAGCAGGGGGGAAUCUGAGAGUAAAAUGAGAAAAAUCCUAAAUCUUAAAUAAAAAUGGCUGGAUCAGCCACACAGGUAUUAUGGUCAAAUUAGUGGGAAGCCAUGGUCUGAGGUCGGUAUCUACAUGUUAGUGCUUAUAACUGUUUUAGUAUUGAUAAUGUUUCUUUCCUGAACUGUGAGAUAUGACACACUUAACACUAGUCAGUAAACAAAAGUCUGAUUUAACACUGAUUCACGAUGAAAUUCUCUACUAACACAAAGUUAUACAAUCAGGUCCAUUUUAUGUAAUAAAAUCACAAAUGUAAAUAUUCAACGACUGUAGACACUGUAUACACAGGUGUCUUUUUCCAUAAUCCUAUUCUAAUUUAGUUAGAAAAAAAAAAGAAAAAAAAUGAAUAAAAAAAAGCAAUUAAGGUUUUCCCUGCCUGAGUUUGUUUAAGCCAACUUGAGACUGGUACUGUAAACAUAAAACAAUUUUACACUUCUCUGUCAAUAUCUAUCUUAUUACUGGAGCCAAUAAGGUCUCUCACCUGGAACAUCCCUUGUACUUCUUCAAUGUUGAUUGUAAGUUUAUACAGCUUAAGUCUGCCAGCAAUCUUAAUUUGGAAUCAACUUGGCAUACAUGAACAUUACAGAUAUACAUGUACAAGACUUACAGAUGUGUGGGGGCUAUAGAAAUCAUACUAAUUGUUGUUAUUAUUGUCCAUUAUGUAAAGUUCUACAGAAGAAUUAUUCUUUCAAAGCGUUUUGUUAAUUUUAAAGUGAACUGCAAAGUACAUGUAAUCUCCAUGAAUAAAAAUGGUUUGCUGAAUCAUGUGAGUAUGCAAUAAAAUAAUGAACUUG